CUCUCUGGGGGCUUGUUUCUGAUCCUAUGCAGACAGAGAGGUAGCCAUGCAUGUACAUGUUUUGGGAGUACUUUGUUAGGGAUACCUUAUUGUAUCACUGCUUGGGGCCCUAUCCAACCCUGUAAAUGCAUGAACGUAGCUUUCUUUUUAAAGACUACCUCUAAAUCUAUGAAGAAUGGGUUGAAUUAUGAAAAAUCUACCCUGUUCCAAAUAUCAUGGAAGAUUCUAUUUUUAAAUAGCAGCAUGGACCAGCACUGGCUUAGGACUUCACACGGAGGACCUCCAGCUGUUGCAAAACUACAAUUCCUGUCAUGCUGUUCGGGCAUACUAAUAAGAGUUGUAGUUUUACAACAGCUGGAGGUCCACCAUUUGAAGACCUAAGCUCUAUAGCAGUGUUCUCCAACUUGAGGCUCUCCAGCUACUGCAGAACUACAGCUCCCAGCAUGCCAGAGGUGUAAUGUGCAUCAGCUGGAGAGCCACAAGGUAGACCAGAGAGUACCGGUGUCCAGUAUUGUACAGUACUAUGUGCUGCCUGUAGAUGGCGCUGCUCCUCUCCUCCGGGUAACGUCACAGGGCGGCGCCGUCCCACGUUCCUUAUCCGGGCCGGGAGCAGCUUUUGGGCGGGUCUCCUCUACUGCUUCUCCGGGCACCGACAUGCGGGAGGCAGAAAGCUGUUCCCGGGUCUGACCAGCAGCACCUCUUCCGGGCUGUGCCCGCCAGCCACCCAUGGGAUGAUGCGGCGGAGGAGAUCGCGGGGUACAGCUGCCACUGGCCGAGGUAUGAGACGCUGCUCCCGGCGGGAUGGCUAGCGGCGGCUCCGGUUCCGCCCGGUCUUCUCUGCCCUCUGCAGCGGGCCAAGGCGGCUCUCAGCCCCGCAAGAAGCUACUGAGUAUCUGCGAGCAGUGCAAGGCCAAGAUGCAGCUGGUGGCGGACCUACUACUGCUGUCCAGCGAGCCCCGGCCUGUCCGGACCGAGAGCUGUGCCCAGCUGGGGGAGGCCUUCGAGAAGUGCCGGGACACGGUCAUAGCCCGGACCAAAGGACUCUCCAUCCUGACCCAUGAUGUCCAGAGCCAGCUCAACAUGGGCCGCUUCACCGAGGUGGGGGAGAGCCUGCAGGAGAUGGGUGACCUGGUGGUGUCCCUCAUCGAGCUGUCCGCUCAUGCUGCCUACCUGGCUGCCGUGGAGGUGCCGGGUGCCCAGUCUGCACUACCAGGCUUGGUGGACCGCUACAAGGUGACACGGUGCAGAUACGAGGUAGAGCAGAACUGCGCCAUGCUCCGGACAGUGCCCCUACAGGACCUCACGCCUCAACUCCUGCUGGAAGUCUCCCAGAACUUGUCCACCAACCUCAAGACCCUAACAGAUGCCAGUGUGGCCGCCAGCGAGAAGUCCAGGGAUAAGUUUGCCAAGGAACAGUUUAAGCUUGGGGUGAAGUGCAUGAGCACCAGCGCCACCGCCUUACUGGCCUGCAUCAAGGAGGUCAAGACGUCACCGAGUGAGCUCUCCAGGAACCGCUGCGCCCUCUUCAGUGGGCCCCUGGUGCAGGCGGUCCACGCCUUGGUGGGCUUUGCCACAGAACCUCAAUUCCUGGGCAAGGCUGCCCUUCUGAAUGCGGAGGGGAAAGCGGUGCAGACUGCCAUCUUAGGAGGCGCCAUGAGUGUGGUGUCUGCCUGUGUGCUCCUGACCCAAUGCCUCAGGGAUAUAACCCAGCACUCGGACAGCAGCAGCAAGAUGACUGACUACAAGGACAGGCUGCGGAGCUCUGCUUGUGCCGUGUCGGACGGCUGCAACCUGUUAUCUCAGGCCCUGAGAGAGCGCACGUCUCCUAGAACUCUUCCGCCAGUACACUCCAAUUCUGUGAAAUCGCCCUAAAGAUGGCCUUCCUUCACUUUUACCAAAGAGUAGUCAGUGGGAGCUCCAAGUCUCCCUGUCUAGACAGGCCUGCCAUGUAGGAGAACCAUGUUUAGGCUGAUACGGACUCCAGGUGCUAGGUUGUGACAUUGACAUUUCACCCAGGAAGUGGAAUGUGUUGUGGGUGGAGGUCGAGUGAAUUUACUGGUGCCACCUGUACUGUUGUAAGGCCUUCAUAUGUAGAAGGCUGGUUUGCACAUUGCUCAUGUCAGAUCCCUCCGGCUGGUGCCAGAGAUAAGUGACAUUACAGUACAAAUUGCUGAAUCGCUUGAUUUGUUUUGCUUAGAAAAAGUAGUUCCACUUUAACUUCUCCGAUUCCCUGGAAAUUCCAGAUUUUUCCAGAGGUUUGGAGCGUUUGCAAAGCAGAAGUACUUUUCUUAGACAAAACUUAGUACUGUAAGUUCAUUUAACUCAGGGCUCUCAAACUCCCGGCCCGCGGGGCAUUUGGAGCCUGCGGAACUAAAUUUUGCAGCCUGGGCGCCAGGUAGGUGAUUUCUUCAGGCAGUUAGCCCCUCUUCGGGCAAGCAGCACUAAAUGCCGGAAGACUUCACACACAUCGGCACACACUGCUACUGUACCUAUAUCUCCCUGCUGCAGCCUAUAACGAGCCUUCCUGGAGGGAUGCACGCGAUUGGUGACGUCAUCGCAGCGCAGGAUGCCGGGACGCCGAUGUCCUGCAUGGCACAUGUGAUGACGUCACCUAACGCGCGCAUCCCCGCAAAGAAGGCUUGUUUUAGGCUGCAGCAGGGAGAUGUAAAUCCUGUAGCUGUGAAACUUAACUUGCCUAAUAAGGGAGGACCUGCUUAUCACCAGGGGCUAACCUAUCUUCUUAGGGGGCAGAAUUGUUUAAAUAGGAUCCGGGGGUAAUAUCUAUUUGGGGGCCUGUACACCUAUUGGGAACCCCUACCUGAUCAUCAGGUAGGGCUCCCCAGUAGGCAGACAGGCUCCAGAUAGAUAUUACCCCAAUCAGUGAUGGGGUCAUAUCUAUCUGGGGGCCUGUGUACCUACUGGGGAGCCCUACCUGAUGGGGGUCAUAUCUGGGGGCAUGAUGGGGGCAUUAUAUGUGAGGGGGCGCAUGCGGCCCAGCCUCUACCUCCAGUUGUCCCCAGAUAAUUUGAGACUCCUGGCUUAACUCCAGCAGAAUAUGGUUUACACAUCAUAGCAGGCACACAGCGUACUCUAUAGACAAGGGGCACACCUACAGAUGUCUGCACCCAAUUCAUCCAUGAUCUGCUCUGUUAUGUAGAGAUCAGUGUAUGCAGCUUGUCAAAGAGUGAGCUCUAUGUGCCUGUGUAUAGUAGAUCAUGGCCUGCCAGGGGACCAUUGUUUGUUUGAAGCAGUGUUUCCCAACCUGGGUGCCUCCUGCUGUUGCAAAACUUGUAGUUUUGCAACAGCUGGAGGCACACUGGUUGGAAAACUCUUGUUUAAAGCUUCCCUCCCCGGCGGCAGGAUAUCUUGAGACUUGCCCUAAGACAAUCGGGAGAUUCAUUUUCCGGAAGUUUUAAAGACUUGCAUGGGACUUCCGGAAAAUCGGUAUCCUGAUCUUUGGACAAGUCUCGGCCCCUGAAGUUGCUGGUAAUUUUAAACAUAUCCUGCCGCAGGACCGUCAUCGGAGGUACGCUUUAAAGAUCUGUUGCCUGACAAGGUGGUCUGAUGCAGGGCACAGCAGGACAGUAAAGGAGUUUGUUGCUACACUUCUCAAUGUCAGUUUCCCCAUUUACACAGUUGGUCCUUGUUGAUCAUUUCUUGAAUUGCAAUGUGUAAACUGAGCCUAAUUGAACCCUGUAUUAAAGAGUACCGCCGACAAUGGCUCUGGUGGCAGGAUAUCUAUUUACAUUUCGAUGUAACUUCUGAGCCCGAGACUAUCUCGAUUAGGAGACAGAUUUGCAUGAAGGUCCAUAGACUUGCAUGGGACUUUUGUCAAAUCAGUUUCCUGAUCGUCAUAGUCUGGCUCAGAAGUUGCUGCAAAACAUGAACAGAUGUCCUGCCACUGGAGCCAUAACCGGAGGUGCGCCUUAAGAUUACAGGACUUCUGUUCCCAGGGUCAAGCGACAUUAUAUUUUGGGACAAGCGAACAAAUGUUAGCAUAUUUCAUUAAAAUGUAUUGGUUCCAGUGCCGCAUAUUCUAUUCAUUUGGACACUUAACCUAUAAAAAUGUUAAAUGUAAGAUCACGUGUUCCCUAGCCACUGAAAUCGUAUUGGGAAUGCAAAUUGUCAGCAGCAUUGCUUUCUGAUCUUCAGUCAGAUGGACUCCUUAAGUAAUAACAUUUCAGUGCCUGUGAAUAUGUGAAGCCUUGGGGUAUGCUUUUUAAAUUUCUUUUUUGAAUACAUUUUAAAGGGGUUCUCUUCUAUAUAAUGUUGUAUAACAGAGCACAAAGUGUUGUAAUGUAAGCUGCUACAAUUCCUACCACUAGUCUUAGAUUGUUAGGAGUUGGUUUCUCAGUAGCUUUAGAGUUGCAGUGCUUUCCAAUCUGUGGUUCUCCAGCUGUUGCAGUACUACAGCUCCCAUCAGACUCAGAUUGUGGAUGUAGUUUUGUAACAGCUGAAGAGCGAUAGGUUGGGACACUGUAUGCAAAAUUUCUCAAUAGCCUAUCUUUACAACUACAGAUGAAUGGGGAUAACUCACUGCAUUCUAGUUAAACAUAUAGACCAGUGUUUCCCAACCAGGGUGCCUCCAGGUGUUACAAAACUACAACCUCCAGCAUGCUUGGACAGCCGAAGGCAUCCUGGGUGUUGUAGUUUUGCAACAGAUCUAGUCUGUGCCCAUGUAUGCAAAUCGCACUCUGUCCUCUGACUUUUAGAUAUGUGACUGACAAGCCAUCCUUCCUCGAUGGAGUCCUAAAGACUAUUAAGGAACAUUAUAUUGCAUCCUUAUCCCUCUAACACCAUGGAGCAUGUGAUGCGCCAGCAAUGUUACCAGGCUUCUGUAUUUCACAAGGCAGCGCACGUCUAUUGUGGAAUACAGAGCAGCUACUGUACUACUUUAGUCUUGCACUAGUGGAAAGGUGAAUGUAAAUCUGGUUUUAUGCCUUCCCUCCCCCCCAUACUUGUACCAAUAGAUUUGGUGCUCUGUUAUAGGAACAGUACAGUUUAGAACCCCUAUAAGUACACAAAACAGAACCACAAGUUUUACUCUUGUAUUGAGGUAGAUGUAAAGUUUCACUUUCAGUCUCUUGUAUUUUGUAGAAGCUGUUUUCACUGUGCAAUGAGACCCACCUUGGUCCUGCGCUGUGACAGGGUUCACCAUCCUGGGCUGCGCUGUGGCAGGGUUCACCAUCCUGGUCUGCGCUGUGGCAGGGUUCACCAUCCUGGUCUGCGCUGUGGCAGGGUUCACCAUCCUGGUCCUGCGCUGUGGCAGGGUUCACCAUCCUGGUCUGCGCUGUGGCAGGGUUCACCAUCCUGGGCCUGUGCUGUGGCAGGGUUCACCAUCCUGGUCUGCGCUGUGGCAGGGUUCACCAUCCUGGUCUGCGCUGUGGCAGGGUUCACCAUCCUGGGCCUGCGCUGUGGCAGGGUUCACCAUCCUGGUCUGCGCUGUGGCAGGGUUCACCAUCCUGGGCCUGCGCUGUGGCAGGGUUCACCAUCCUGGGCCUGCGCUGUGGCAGGGUUCACCAUCCUGGGCCUGCGCUGUGGCAGGGUUCACCAUCCUGGGCCUGCGCUGUGGCAGGGUUCACCAUCCUGGGCCUGCGCUGUGGCAGGGUUCACCAUCCUGGGCCUGCGCUGUGGCAGUGCCCAUCAUCUUGUGACUGCGCUAUUGUAGUGCUAGAUCACCACGAUCUGAAUUUAUUUUCCUGUCUAUUGGCCAAUAUGAAAGUGUAGUUGUCUUUUAUGAUUUUUUUUUUUUUUUUUUACUUUUCUCCCUUUCAGCACUAAGCCCCUAAACUACAAGUCCUGGCACAAAAGUGGCAUUAUCAAGGCUUUAAAAUCCGUGCUGGGUGCGGGUUUCUGGGCCAGUGUCUUCCAUGCUUCCCACUGGGAUGUUGCUGUGUGUGAUCGGCAGGAAUUAAAGGGUUACCUCACUUAGUUUUGUAUGGCUUCUAGCUGCUGGAUGUAGCUCCCUUUUUAAGUCCUGCAAAUGGAGUGUGAAUGGAGAAUGUAAAGAGCUCAGAGAGGUAAAAGCCACCUUCCCCCCCCCCCUCUUCCCAUGUGCUGACUUACUGUUGGGGGUGGGUUACAGUGAGCGUGUUUCCUGAAUGUACACUAUAAUAAAAUGAUUGUCAUUUUUGUCAGUUUUUACCUUGCAUGUAUUUGGAGUAUUUAUUUCACCCAUUAAAAGGUUUCUGAAACUUUGAA